AUGACUGAAUUGAGCACAGUUUUGGAGUAUUUGGAGGCAUCCAGUCUCGAAAAUGUUGAGUUAAAGAAUUCUAAAAGGGAAAAUGAUGGAAUAUACUGUAAAGAUACUAUAGAUGAGGGUCUAUCUCUGUUGUUCAGUCCACCCUGUGCCAAGGGUGAUGUUGUAGAGAACAAAAAGAGAAAAAGAGGAUCGUUUUCAGAGAAUAAUACAGAGAUGUCACUCAAUUUAGACUUCUUGGCCAGAAUAUGUAAAGAUAUAAAGUUACUGAUAACACCUGCGGAGGGACAAGUAAAGUAUUUCAAAGAAUCUGUAAAGGUAUUUAGAGAUUGUUUGGAAGGUCUAUCUCCAUUCGAUGUGGACAGUGUAUCAUGUGAUGAUGGUGAAGUCUAUUUCGAUAAUCUGGUGGAGGCAUUCUUUUCAUUCUUGGAGUCUGAAUCUCCACAUGAAAUUCCCAUAGAUAAAGGAACUAGUGAUGUACCCAAUACUCUUAACGCACGCAUGAAUGAUUCAGAAGAGUUGAGUAGAGAUGAUGAACUGGAACUGGUAAAACAAUUAUUCUUAUCAAUGGUGUUAAGUUACAACUGGUCACUGCAACUCUUACAUUACGCAAAUUCAACAGUUGACAUUGCAACAUCUAAUCCAGAUAAGUUAGACAAACAGAAUAUUUUAAAAAUAGCGUUGGGAAUUAAAGAAGCUAAUCGAAAUAUAGUUUUUUAUACUAGCAUAUUUCAUCAAUUGUGGGAGCUAUUCAAGGAAAAUGACUCCACAAUAAAUGCUGUAAUUUCAGAUUUUAUGGGUAGAUUAACCUUUUUAAAACAUAUAAUAAAUCACGAAAUCUCUUAUGAUCCCCAAGCGUGGAAUCGCAUUAAAUCAAAUCUUCAUUCUCCAAAAGUGGAUCCGAAAUUAACCAUUUUGAACGAAGAUACUGAACAUGGAGAAAAUUUAGGCCUAAUUAGAAGUGAAAUGAUGGCAAGAAUAAAUGGCAAAGUAUCAUGUGAUUAUCUAAGAAAGGAAUGUGACCUGGUAUCGCAAGAUUUAACUCAAAUGGAAGGCAAGCAUCAGGAGAUGCUGGAAAAAAUAGACUUACUAAAGAAACAGUUUCAAGAUAUUUCCAAUAUGUUAAAGGUCGAACAAAGUCAUGUUGGGAAAAUAAUGGACUCUAAAAGGCUUCCUGACCCACUUGCGAAGCUAUUAUCUCACUUACAUAUAUUUUCUACAUCAAAUCCACUGAGGGAAAUUACAUUUAAAGUUAUCAGAGAUCAUGAUUAUUCCUUCCAGAUGGUUAUCUACGCCCCAAAAGAUUUAUUCUUUCCUUCUUUCGAAUCCACAAAGUUCGUUUUCCCAAUCACAUUUCACAUAUAUUUAACCGACCGCAUCCAUGUUACUCAGACAUCAACACCAUCUCUCCAUCAAAGCAUAUGUCUUCCGGAAAAAGUUCUAGAAAUGUUCAAAGGGGCACAAGGCGCGGAGAAUCAUGUGGAUGAAGCGGAUACCUGGGGAUUACAUGAAUUUGAAAAUGAAUUACCAAACACAUUCCACCAGAGAAUGCACUAUUAUUAUGAAAGAGCCUCCGAAUAUGUGUGGAACCUUUAUAUACUGGAAACUUACAAGUCUAACAACAGAGACGCAUUAAAACAUUUAUUGCCUCAAGAAUUACUGGAAUAUGAUUGUAAAUCGACAUACAUACACAAAGAAGGGUCACUGUGGCUUUUACGAAAUUCAGUGGCAUCCAUAGAGAUUGAGAUCGUAAUAUCAAAUGAUAAAUUCAGUUUCGUUUUCCAAAAUCAUAGUUCCAGUGGAACAUUGAAAAAAUUAAAAAGUGUGGCUCUUGUAGAAUAUUUUAAGACACAGAAUAAAAAACUUUCACAAGAUCCAGCAAAUGUGCUUAAUGGAUUUUCGUCAAACAUUACCAAUUAUUUUGGUGCCAAAUACGCCUUAAUAUAUUUAUCACUUCUUUUUGAAUCAUUCGGGAUAUUAUUUGACUUCCUAUCCUCCGAGCACUAA